CAGCACUGCGCGCGUUAAAAGGGCAGAUGGUGACGGCGGCUAAGUGAGGAGCCCAUCUCUGAGCUGGACCACGGAGCGUCAGGGAGGAGACGCGAGAGGAGCCCGGAGAGGCGCUGACAGUGGCGAGGAGGAGGAGGACCCUUCCUGCCGUUCUGCGCGCGGCUGAAGCCAACUUGAGCGAGCGUCCCCUCGGAGGUCCGUGUCGGAGGUGGAGAGUUGAGCAACUUUUCUCCUGCGAGGCCCCGUGACGGCCCAAUGGCGUGUUACUACAUCGUGAUCAGUUCCACCCACCUGCGUGACGGGCAGCUGAGGAGCAUCAAGGGCGUCUUCAGGGGUCCGAUCGGAGCCGGCGGCCCGAGGAGCGCGGAGGACGGAGACUCCAGCUUCUACUGCGAGCUCUGCGACAAGCAGUACGUCAGACAUCAGCAGUUCGACAACCACAUCAACUCCUACGACCACCAUCACAAGCAGCGGCUGAAGGAGCUGCAGCAGAGGGAGUUCUACCGAGCGCUGGGCGGCAGGAGGCAGAGGAGGCGGCGCGAGGAGAGGCGGGAGGAGAGGAGGCUGCGGCAUGACGGGAGCGGCGCUGCCCACUGCGCUCCAGGCUCUGGCCCCAUGUUCAGGUCCACCACCGUCGCCGUCGACCAGGCCUGUCCAAGCAGAGCACCGCUGACGGAGAAGUGGGCCGGCCUCCGCGCCAGCUCGCCGCUCGGCUCACAACUCCAGAACCCGACGAUCCGGCCCUUCAUUCCUCUGGAACCCACCCUGCUGGGGACGGCCCGAUGGACCUACGAGCCCCUGGGUACCAGCUCGGGCGCCGCCACCUUCGUCUUCGGCGACUCCUGCCCGGGCGUCGCCGCCGCUGCCAGCGAGGACGGCGUUUGCGCCGCCUCCCCUCCCGGCCGCGUUAACAAGCUCCCCUGGGCUCCACGCUGUUUAAGCGACACCAUCACAGCCAGUAACGUCGCCGCGCCGGACACCAACGGCUGUGACGCUGACAGCGGCGGGUUGCAGUGCCAAAGCUCAGGGCUCCUUUCCAUCUCCAGCAGAGUUCGACCGGUGUCCUUCUCCCUGCCCAAGAGGAGCUGCGUCCUGCUGCACCAGUCGGCCGCCGUCUUCAUCCAGGCAGGGCGGGCUCUGACCCAGAAGCCGGGUGGCGGGCAGCAGAGGGACGGGGUGGAGGCGCCGGGGCCGGAGAGACCAGAGGCUGGAGAGGCGGACGCAAAGGACCUGGAGGCCCUUUCUGAGGAGGCCGUUCACCGCUGCCUGGCGGACGGCGGUGAGCCCGGGACGGACGCGCAGCUUUAUUUUGAGAGUGUGACGGAGGAAGCAGUGCCUGGCAGGAGAGCGGAGACCAAAGCACGGAGAGAAAGCACAAGCAGUCCUGACAAUCAAGCUCCAUCCCGAGAGCUUCUCCAACAAUCAGCUGCCAAGGUCUCCAUGGCCAGUGAAGAGGCCUUGCUUCAGUCCCAAGCCAAAGAUCGGAGCUCCUCCCCUCCAGAGGAAUCUUCCAGCCGUCCCACAGAGCCCUUCUGUCCGGUGCUGAGUCGAGACGGCAGCAGGGUUCUGCUGUGGCCCUCAGAGAUGCUCAGCCACACCAAGGCUUCGCCCCCCGUCUCCUACAGCGUCAACCCCCUGCUCUACGACUUCAGAGCCCACAACAAGGCGCGGCAAGGAGACGGUGUGGAGCAGCAGAAGGAGAGAGUCCAGCCGCCCGUGGUCCCACAUCACAGGCAGGGAGGAGAAAGGCAGGAGGCAGGACAGGCGGGAGAUCCCCUGGAGCUGGCCGGCCAUUGUAGCGGCGCAGACGCCGCACCGCGUGCUGAUGAAAGCGCCUGUGAAUUUGUUUCUCUGUCUGCAGAGUGUCAAAAGCCGGCGAGGAGAAAACGCAGGAAGAAAAGAGGAGGUGUGAGGAGAGGCAUGAGGAAGAGAGGGAGGCGGAAGAAGAGAGAGGGGAUGAAAAGAAAGCAUGUGGAAAGUGGAAAAGCCAUAAUAAGCAGCUUGUGCAGAAGUCAGGUGUCAGGAGGGAGAACAGAGAGGCAGAAAGCAGUGGGGAGCGCAGAGAAGGGCCUAUUAAGUCAUCUGGCGCUGCAUCGGCAGGAGGGGGGCCAGGGGCCGGGAAUAAACGGAGAUCAGACGGAGCCAAAGAGCGGCCAGCUUUUCAGUAAUGGUCCUGUGGAUCGCUGUAAUCGCUGCAGCCAGCUGUGUGCUCAGGUGGAGCGGGAGGCCGCCGCGCCUCCAGCCCAGCAGUCCGCCACCGGACGGGGCCGGAGCACCGGCGGGGGAGCCGCGUGUGACUCGCCGAUCUGCCUCAUGCCGGAGCCCGCGUCUGCCACGCCGGGCGCCGAGGAGCCAGAGAAGAACACGGGGGAAGGGCAGGCGGGCGAUCCGCAAAGGAAUCUGAGGGGAGGCGCGUGCAAGCCCGCGAUUAGCGGCGCUUCACCCCCCCGCAGAGGCGCGAGGUGUGGACAGGGAAUGUGUGGGGAUGGCAGCCCUGAGGGGGGAGCAGCGGGCGCUCCAGCAAUUACCCUCUCCCCUGGGUCUGAUUCCUGCGGAACAGCAGGCUGUCACGGACCUGCAGAAGAGUCCAACCUCCGCGCUCAACCCCCCGAAAGUGAGGGGAUGAGACCCGCGACAGACACGAGCAGAGAUGUGAGGAAGAGGAAGGCAGAGUCAGCAGAGAGCCAAGCAGCGCCGCCGAAGAAACGGAAGAGGGGAAGACGACACUCGGACGCUGGGCCUGGGUCGGCGUGGCCACCUCAAGCUUGCACCUGCUGCAGUGGAGGCCGGACCAGGAGCAGCCGCAGCAGCAGCAGCGAGACGCUGGCAUGUGAGGACGAGGACGUGAGGGCUCGGGCCUGCCCCUCACCCGCACACAGUCCACCUCACUCCCACGUGUCCAGAAAGUCUCCCACUGACCAAUGUAGCGACAUGGAGGUCUUGAGCGCAUCACGCCGCCACACACCCGAGCGCCAGUCCAGAGAAGGCCCUGCUGAGGUCCUCACAGAGGACGUGUGGCUGAAGCAGCAGCAGCAGCUGAAGGUGAGGGAGGAGUUGGAGAAGGAGUGGGCGAGGCGGAAGGACGGCGCCGCAGAGGUGGAGAAGAGGCCUUGCUUCCCCGCCCCCCUCCCUCCUGGUCGGGUGCCCCUCCACGCUCCUCUCCUGCUCCCGGCGCCGCUCCCCUCCUCCUCCUCCUCCUCCUCCUCCUUCUCCUUCCGUCACACAGUGAUCCGCCAUCACCUGUCGCUCCUCCCGCCUCACCUGCCUGUGCAUUCCUACCCUCCCCUGCUUCCUUCCUUCUCCUCUCACCUGCAUCCUCUCUCUCUUAACCCCCCGCCUCCCCCUCCCCCGCCAGCCUUCUAUGCAUCCCCCCCUAUCCCUCUGCUGGACGUGGCCCCAGCUUACCCCAUCAGCCCCGAGUUUCACCCCCUCCUGAGUCCCCACCCGCCUCUGUACCCGCCGGCCCACCCCGCCCUGCUGCCCCUGCAGGUGCUGUUCUGACGCGCGUGGGCCCAGUGGUCAGGAGUGAGCGCAGCUCCUUCUCUUCACCCGAGCGUCUGCUGCGGCGACAGCUGGUUCCAUCACCAUCGCGCCUGACCACGCCCGUCGCUGGCCUCAGUCCCCAGAGAGGAGGAGGACUAGCACGCUAACGUGUCGUCACGUUCCCCCUCAGACGCCGAUGUUCUUGUUCCUCCACACGCAUCCAUCAGCUGAUUCACCCUUCAGAUUCCUGGAUAUUGCUGACUCAAACCUGAUUCCCUACCACAAGCGUCCACUGCUCUGAGAGCCUGACGGUUCUGUCGGAUUGUUCCUCCUCAGACAGAAGAGCAGACGAGCCCCAGUGUGGACCCUCAUGCACAGAGCACCCCCCGACCGGGUCAGUUCUGAUGCUUGGCAAAGUGCUUGCUGUCUUUUGCAACACUGUUUUAACAGAAAGGAAAUGGAAGCAGUGAGUGAGGAAUGCUGCGGUCGCUGCGCAGCACAGCGUCUUCUGGUGCGGUCGUCAUGUUCUGAGCCCAAGCGCCACUUCUCACGCAGAGUCUGUCUCCGGCAGCGAGAGAAAGAGCAAAUGUUAAAUUGAGCUUUUGCUCUUUGAUUCGGAGUGUGACUCCAGCGACUGACCUUUACGGCCGUUGUUGUGCUGCUGCUCUGAUCCCGCUUCUAAAAAUAACAGCAGUGAUUCACGACUGAAGUUGAAAGUUUCUUUUCUCCUGCGCCCCGACCAUGAGGACGUUCUCCAUCUGUGCUCCACACCACGGACGCGAAGCUCCGCCCCGUUUCCAACGCCAGUUCCUCAGGAUGGAGGGCUUCUUCUUCUGCCAUGGAUCAGCACAGCACACCUUCUCAGAGGCUUCCAGAAGUGAGAUGGAAGGUCCAGAGGAUGUGGGACGAGACGAGCACAGCUCUGAAGCCUCCCUCCCUCCGCGACCACCUUCUGAACAUCAGGAACAUCAGGCAUGCGGCCUGCCUGGCUCCUGCCAUGCUGCGUCCUGAAGAAGCAACACGGUAACACGACAAGGUCCCCGUCAGCUUCAGGAUCAAUAGAACUGGAGGAACUUUUCAGAGCAGUUUCCAGCUGCGGCACGGGCUCCAGCAGGUCCAGCAGACCCUGGUUCGGCUGCCGACAGUGUGGGUUCCAGGUUUGAGCAGUGCUCAUUCCCGCGCGCGCACGCACACACACACACACACAGGUGGUCCUCACAUGACACGCCCAGCCCCAGCCGAGUCUGCUGCUGAUGCAGUGUUUCGCCACGGUGAGGGUGGGCGGAGCCAGCUGUAAAUGAGAUCAAUCCUUAGUAGAUGUAUUUUUGUAGCCAAACCUCAGUUGUAUUGAGGCAGUUUUGUAGCCAGAGGCUUCUUAGCAAAGGACUUUGUCUGUCGACUCCUUGUUAAUGAACUUUCCACCGACGUGACUCCCGUGCGCUCCGUCCCUCGUGCCGCCGCCGCCGCCGCCGCCGCCGCCGCCACCUCAGCCCUUCUAGGUCUAGUGAUCCAGACGACUCAUGAAGUGAAAAUAAAUUGCUAUGAAAUUGUCAUCGACUCUGUGUCUGCUCUUUAUAAGUAGAUAAACACGAUAAAAUGAUGGGGUUUUUCUGCUGAUAAAAACGUGAUUAUCCGCAGACAAAAGUGGCAUCGAUUUGCCUGCAACUCUCCUGCUGUGACAAUUCAAGUGGAAGACAGAAGUGAGAGUCAUUUCACUUUCAUUUGAAGGUGACAUGGAAAUGGUAGACUGGCUGGCUGAGUGGUGGUGCCGCGAGGAGCGAGCUUCUGUCUUUGUUGUGAUACAGUUGGAGCUCAGUUUUACCACAGGAAGUUGGGAAGGAAGCGUGAGCUCGGAUUGAUGGACAGGUGACGGAGGGUGUGGAAGGAAGCGUGGAGAUGCUCGGCUGGAAGUGUGAGUGGGUGAUGAGGAGACGUGGGGAUGGAUGAAGGCAUGGACCAAGCUCCUCGCAUGACCUCGGCUCUCUAUAUUCUGGAGUGGCUCAUGCCAUCUCCGAGGUGACCCGUCCAGAUCAUGUGACUCCCUGCUGUGCGCGUCAGGUGGAAGUGGUUGAUCUGAUCAUGUCGGAGACGAACGCUCCAAAAGACCGUUCCCCCGACGCCCCGGUCCAGAGGUGGGAUCCGAGGAAGCCUGGUCUGUGCAGGCAGCAAGAAGAAGGCACAUUUGAAGUUGAAUAAAAAGGUCAUUUUUCCACGUUCUGCUCUGAAUUCUGAAGCGAAAGCGUGAAGCCGCUGGAGAGGUGAGAGAGUGAAGAGAACUGCAGUGGGGUCUGGCGUCAGACGUGGAGCUGGCUGGGAGGCAACAUGUCUGGCUGAUGAGCUGUUGGUGAGCUCUGAUGCUGUUGCCAUGGUGAGCGCGCCUCAUCCUGCUGGCCCGGCCGGGCCUCACCGGAGCGCACGUCUCUCACGGGACUGUUCCGGGCGAUGGUCACGCGCCUGGCAGCUGGGCUUCACGGGACGGCAGUGAAGGCAUCGGAUGCUGCAGGAGCCGACAGAUGGAGGCGCCGUGUUCAUUGACUAAAAUGGCAUAAAAGCUCAACAUGUUCAGCACCUGGGGCGGCGCGGUGAGUGUGAGCGAGUCACAGGCGGCGAGCGGAGUGUUUUGAUUUCAGAACAGCUUCUCAGCAAUUUGCUCGUCUGACCUUUAAAAACCAAGCAAAACCUUUCUGACAUUAAAACUCUAUUGAAUUUGUGCGUGCUCCCACGCGGCGCGCGCUGCGCAGCGCUGGACUGUGCAGACCCGGCUGCGGGGGGUCCAGCAGCUGAAGGUCUGAAGGUGGCUCAGAGGGGUUUCUGCCGUGACCUCUGACCUGCAUCAGAGUCCUGCCCUGCCUCCCGACCCGGAUGCUGUCCCCUGGCUCCUCCUCCUGUGGCGUGUCCAUGGUGGAGCACGACAGCUGGAGGUUUCUGCCUCCACUUGGUCCCCAUGAACUUGUCAGGAGAGUGAGAGCAACUGAAAGUGACAGUUCUCAUUUCCAAUUUCAGAGAAAAAUCCCUGGCAGCCCAAGCACUCUCCACCUAGUUGAAAGGCCGUCCUCACUCUGGAUUAUAAUCCACUCAGCAGAUGCGCCUGACAGUCUCAUGCAGGCGGCUGCAGUGCUGCUCCCUGGCGCCCCCUGCACGCCUCUCACACUGAAGAGCCAGUCUUUCACUGACAACCGUUUUUGAGUCACCACACGCUCACGUGACUGCAGCAAGCUCAAGACCACUUCAGGUCUGAGGUGAAACCGUCCAGACAUGUGUCCAACCCCAGGCCGGGGGGCCAAAUCCGGCCUGGCAAGUCAUGUCCAACCACGGUCCUCCAACCACGGUCCUCCAACCACGGUCCUCCAACCACGGUCCUCCAACCAUGCUCCUCCAGCCUCUGUCUGCCAGUCUCGCUCCUCGCGCCGCAGCCUGCCGUCCUUCCACAGCAGCGGCUGAACUGUUGGAGCUAAAGACGGCGCCACUGUUAUUGGGCUGAUUACAGACGAUGAGUCGCUGGACACGGCCGGUGAGGGAGACGGCGGCGCUCAAUCCCAAAUAACCUUUUGUUUGGGCUCAACGGUGGCGCAGGAGUGCGACGUGAUCAGUCAUCACAAACAAGCGGCGCAGCCCUAACUUUCUGCUGGCUCAGCACUAAAACAGAGUCGGCUUUGAAGCGCGAGCGCCGGCUUGGCAGCGCGAGAGAUUCCACCGAGUCAGAGAAGUGCGAUCCUUCUGACAACUUCCUGGCAGCCGUGACCCAGUUCUGCUCAGGAGCACUGAUCAAAACCCUCUCAACACAGGAAGGAAGCUUCUGUGGUUUGGGAGCUCCUGCGAGAGGAAACAUUCACUGGUCCUCAACAACCGCGAGAGUGCUGGCUGCACCGCUGGCCUCCAGGUCAUGUGAUGUAGGAAGGCUCUCCUGUGACCCGCGGCGAAGGCAGUGUGAGUGGACCAUAGACCUCCAGGAGGAGAAGGUGUCCUCGGGUCUGGGUCCUGGGUCGUAGUGAGUCAGCAGCAGACGUCCGCGUGGCAUCAGCGAGCUAGACCCUCACUGAUGAAGCCAGCGGCUGGAGCCUCCCUCCGUGGGUGUCAGGAAGCUCUCCACGAAAGGUGGAGGUUCAGUGAUCUGAAGGACCACAUGGGGAUGUGGACCAGGUCCAAGUCAAGUGGUGAGAAGGUCGCGGCCUCACUGCGGCAGUGCUUCCUCCUAGAUCAUCUGGAGAUGGAUGUUCUGGACGAGGUCUGAAACCAUCGAGUCUCCAGGCCCCUCACCAUCUGCAGAGGACCACGGUGAUGAACGGAGCCACGUGACUGGCAACAUGUCCCGACCCUGCCGUCCUCUCUCGCCGCCUCCAAAGCUGCAGCCUCUGGACUGCCACACUCCAGCUGUCGCUUAAUACACGCUAAGCUGCGAGUUCAUCCGUUCAUCUGCUAAGCGACCGCACGCUGCGUCGGCACUUCUGCCGGAGUUCAUCCGUCCUUCCAGCCUCCGAAAAUAACUGAGCGUGUCCAGAAUGGAGCGGCAGCUCCAGAGAGACGCGCUGCCGUCUGCGACCUUGCUGCCACCUCGAUGACCCGUGUGAGGUCCUGCGCUCUGACUGGACGGUUGUUAGACGUCUCACACCUGAGAGCGGCAAGCGCACACGCCUGAGCUCUCAGUGAAGAUGACGCCUCUGGUUCUGACCCACUGAAGCCUCGCUCUUCUCUCGGGCCGUGCUGGUGUUUCUCUCACUGAAGGAUCAUCUCAGCUCAGAACCAGCCGCCUGAUGGUCUCCUCACAGCAGAGCCAGAGCACCAACAGCAGCCAGAGGACUUCUGCAGAUGGACGUGUGAGGACCACCCUUGCGUAUCGAAGAUCCAUCUCACCCCACAGACUGUGCAAUCUCAUCACUCUGACUGAUGCACGUCACAGAUUAUUAAGAUGUAAUCUCCUUGUUUCACCUGCACCUUUGUCCUUUGGUGAGGAGCAGGAGUGGAUGUGAGGGAGGGAGUGAAGAGACAGAAGCUGAGAAGGACUGCAGGGGAGUGUAAGAAGACAGGUGAGGGGGAGGUGAGACAGAGGAGCGAGGUGCGAGGAGGGCAAAGGUCCCGGCGGGUUAUAAAGAGAGGCGUCAAUCAUGAGGGACUUGAGGAGUGAGAAGUGCGAGGCUGAGGAGGUGUGAGCAGUUCAGCAGGCGGAGCUGCUUUCAGAUCCUCUGCACCCCGGAGGCCAGGACAGCUCCGUCAACUGCCGCAGACUCGGAGCAGAGCCUCUCAGGCCUGGAGGUUCCUCACCUCAGAAAGUCAAUUGAUGGAGGAUAAAGGAAAAGAAUUCCUGUCCACAUGAAACGCUGACAUGAAGCGCGACGGAGGCGGUGCGUGCGGUCGGAGCGAAAUUGAGAAACCUGGAGUCGCAGAGACGAGGCAGAGCAGGAGGAUCAAAGUGUCCCUUUAGUGGACCCACACGGCGAGAGGCGAGCUGUGGCAGGAGGUGAACAAUGCUGCCUCCACAUGAAGCCAGCAGUGAAAACCAGCGGCAGAUGAAAGGGGGCGCGCCACCGUCCCGCCCGCAGCUUCACAAGUCCUUGGCUUCUCCAUCUCUGGUCGCCAAACGCAGCACUGGGCUGUUGGAGGGGAGGCUUGUUUGUGUUCCAGACUCCAGUUUCUGACGGCGACUUUUGAGUUUCACCAUCACCGUGUCUGCUCAGGUUCUGUCCUUCUACGCUGAAUGGAUCCCGUGCUCCCGGCCGCUCGUGUCUCCACAUCUUUCCACGGUCGGUGCAGACCAGCACAGCUGAGACUCCUUUAACCACCAUGGAGGGAAGCUCCUGCUGUGAGGACCUGCUGGCUCUCGGGUGCGGGAGCUGGCUGACAGGUCCUGCUAUUGUCACGCGUGUAUUUGGGGCCACAGCUCCUUGGCUGCCUGACUCCCCUCACGCCUUGGACCCCCAGACUCCUGGAGACACCCCUCCCAGGCUGGACCUCGACUCACGUGCCCUCAGGAUCAGCCGGGGCCAGGCCUCCCACCGAGCCUGGUCUUACUCGAGGAAUUGGUUCCAGCUUUAAAAGCCUGGACGACUGGACUGCAACUCGAGUGCCAUGCGACUGACUGGUCUCCAUGUGGCCGGGGCUCCUGAAGCUCCUGUCUCCUCACCAUCCAACCAUGGUCAACAGAUCGAGGAUCCUGCUCUCUGGAGGGAGACGACGGAGUCUGGAAUGAAACUGGAACCUUUGAAACAAACACACACCAGUCAACUGAAUCCUUCAAGUUUGAAGCAAGUGAGUCGCAGGAAGAGGAAGAGAAGACCGUUGACACGGCACCGAGCUACUCAGGAGGGAAGGUCCCAGAGGAAGAAGAGCUGGAAUGAUCUCAGCCGACAUCCAGUUUCCAGCAGGGUGAUGGUGUGUGGAGGUGAAGCCAGCCAGUCUCCAGCUGAGGGUGGAGGUGGAGCCCUAGACUGCUCUGAGGGACGGGCUCAGGGAUGUGGAUCUGACUUUGUUUGGGAUGAUUGAUCCAGUCCCUGCUGCAGAGUGAUGUGCUUCGUCCAGUCAGGCCAAGGUGAAGGAUUUCACUGCUUUUAGAAGAUGCUUCUGAUGCUGUGGCACCGUGAUCCUCAGAAGUGGACCUGACCCAAGGCUCCGACACGCUCCACACUUCCAUCCGUCAGGAGGAGAGUUUGUUUUCUGCAUCAUUUCCUCUGGCGUCUCAGUGGCUGAGGGCAGCAGGCUGGUCAGGUCAGGAGAUGCUGAGGGUCCCACUCUCUCCCUCUCUCUCUCACACACACAAUGAAACGCUAAAUAAAUAGCUUCACGCUCAGCAAAAGCCAAAGUGGGUCAAACAUCAAAGUGGCCGCUGCAAAAGCUGCUGGUGCCGUCGACACACACGCGCACAGUCAGACUCAGACAAACACACUGGUUCCACAAGCUGAUACUUGAACCCUCCACUCACUCACUGGCUCACACACGGGCAGCUCUGCUUGUUCUCCAAAUUGCCAGACUCUUCUCUCUCUGGUGCCUCUCACACACACACACGCACGCUCUCUCACCCUUCUGCUGGUUGUAAUUGCAGCGUGUGGGUGUGAUGGCCACCAAAUAACAGCACUCAGGAGCGUCGGAGUGCAGGAGGACCAAGGCGGACGCAUGACAACACAUGUGCGGGUCACACUCCUUCGUAGCGCUCAUUAAGGAUGACCUUUGACCUCGGAUCACUGCGCACGUCCCGGGAGCCGCCGCCCGGUCCAGCGUCAGCCCGAGGCGGUGAGGUCACAUGACACGCCCUGCUUCGCUCCCCAACUGGAGCAGCUUCUCUGCUGUUUCCGCCCAGCAGCCUGGGAGACGGCGGCGGCGGGGUCAGCGAGAAGACAGUGGCAACACGCCUCCAUUUGCAUGGCAUUAAUCAGGGAGAGAAAAGCUUGUGAUUUAUGUGCAUAUGUGAUGACGGCGCGGCUCCAACCUGCAUCAUAAACAUCCUCUUCCAGCCAAGCCUUCGGACGCGCUGCGCUCGUGGCUUGAGCACUUGUUCAUGAAGUGGCCGACCGAGGGCCGCGGACUGAUCCGUCCUCCAGCUCUGACACGCACACACACUCAGGUUUUCAGGUUCUGUGGGCACCUCUCCCCCUCAACCUCACCUGAACCAGGAGCAGGUGUAGCCCUGUGGGCACCCACGCUGGCUGAAUGGCGCUCCGGUGGCCCUCAGGUCGUCACUGACUGGAGCCAAAGAGCUGUGUGACGCCGCCCCUGGGAGCAGACACAGCUCCACACAUCUGGGCGCCUCACGUUUGCUUCUGCAUCCUCCGUCACCACGUGAAGAAGGUCUGGAUAAAUGGACCGGGUCCUCCACCAAGUCUGGCUCUCUGCUCAGACGUGGAGCGAAGCCUGUCCUCCAUCAUCAAUCCUGCCUGUGCCUCCGUCCCCGGCUCCUCACUGGAGUGUGAACAAACUGUACGACAACUAAAUGAAUAAAUGGGGCCGAGUAAUGACUCGGCUUCACUCCGCCGGCCGUUUAUUUGGAUUCCUGCUGGAGGCUGGAGCCAGGUGAGUGAGCAGAGCUUCAGCAGGGACUGAACGUGACGACCCCUCGCUGGACCUGGGCUGCUCACACUGCAGUGGUCAGCGCCGCCACAGAAAAGACUUGGUGUCAUCUGAGGAGGUUGUGGCUUCACAUGUUUACAGUGGGUGGAUGUGUGAGAGGGAGCUGAGCUGCUGUCCAUGUUCAGCUUCCCUGACCCUGACCCUGACCCUGACCCGGACCCGGACCCUGACCCUGAGUCUGAGCCGGAGCCUGACCCUGACCCUGACCCUGAGUCUGAGCCGGAGCCUGACCCUGAGCCGGAGCCGGAGCCUGACCCUGACCCUGACCCUGACCCUGACUCUGACCCUGAGUCUGAGCCGGAGCCUGACCCUGAGCCGG